AUGGCGAAGGGGCACAUCAUGGUGCUGCCGUUCCCGGCACAGGGACACGUGGUGCCCCUGAUGGAGCUCUCGCACCGCCUGGUGAACCACGGUUUCGAGGUCACCUUCGUCAACACCGAGGUGAACCACGCGCUGGUGCUCGCGGCUCUACCGACGUCGGGACCGGAUGGGCUGCACGGCAUCCACCUGGCGUCCAUCCCGGACGGGUUGGCCGACGAUGAGGACCGCAAGGACCUCAGCAAGCUCAUCGACGCCUUCUCCACCCACGUGUCAGCUCACCUAGAGAAGCUCGUGGGCGAGAUGGAGGCCGCCGGGAGGCCUAGGGUGAAGUGGCUCGUUGGCGACCUCAACAUGGGGUGGUCCUUCGAGGUCGCCGUGAAACUCGGAAUCCGUGUCUGCUCCUUCUGGCCGGUGUCCGCGGCGUGCCUGGCCAUCAUGCUCAACAUCCCCGACCUCAUCCAGGACGGUGUCCUCAACCACAAGGGAUGGCCUGAGCGGGACGAGACGCUGCAGCUUGGCCCCGGGGUGCCACCGCUCCACACGUCCCUCUUGUCGUGGAACAACACGGUCGCCCCGGCCGGGCAGCCCACCAUCUUCCAGCUUGUGUGCCAGAACAACAGGCUCAACGACCUCGCCGAGAUCGUCGUGUGCAACUCGUUCCAGGAGGCCGAGGCUGGCGCCUUCAAGCUCUUCCCCGGCAUCCUUCCCAUCGGCCCGCUCUUGGUUGACGGAGGGGAGUCCCAGAAACCCGUCGGCAACUUCUUGCCGGAGGACACGGCGUGCCUCCAAUGGCUUGACGCGCGUCCUCGCCGCUCCGUCGUGUACGUCGCGUUCGGCACCUUCGCCGUCCUUGACCCCCGCCAGUUCCAGGAGCUGGCCGAGGGGCUAGAACUCACGGGUCGGCCGUUCCUGUGGGCCGUGCGCCCGGACUUCAGCACCGGCCUGGACAAGGCAUGGCUCCACGACUUCCAGCAGCGCGUCGCCGGCACGGGCAUGAUCGUGAGCUGGUGCCCCCAGCGGCAGGUCCUGGCGCACCCCGCGGUGGGGUGCUUCCUGUCGCACUGCGGGUGGAACUCUAUGAUGGAGGCAGCCACCAACGGCAUGCCCGUUCUGUGCUGGCCAUACUUCUGCGAACAGUUCCUGCACCGGGGCUACAUCACCGACGUGUGGAGAACCGGCCUGGCUGUGUCCCCGGCCGCCGCCGACGGUGUCGUCACCAAGGAGGAGGUGAGGAGCAAGGUGGAAAAGGUCAUCACUGACCAGGGAUUCAAAGAGAGAGCAAGGUGGUUCAAGGAUGCGGCCUCAAGGUGCAUCGCCAAGGGUGGCUCGUCGCAGCACAAUUUCACCACAUUUGUGGACCUCCUAAGCAAAUGA